CGUUAAGAUCCGUUAAAAUAACGCGCCAUCAGGGCGUUCCUCUUCCGUCGCUACCCGCCACCGUUUCUGGCGUCGGAUCCGCAACUCCAUUUCAGACACGCAGAACAUAGAGAGGGAGACCUUCAUGACGCGUUCUAGGUCAAGGGCACCUAUCGUAUCCUUUUUUCUUUUCUGCGGGCUUCCAGAACUCCUAACUGCUGCAGUUGUUACACUUGACUCGAUUCAAAUAUAUGAAACUCAUGAGUUCCUUGGGUUGGAACCAACGAUUUACUUUCAGUGUAAAGGGGAAAACCAGACAACUUUGCCGGAUGUGAAGAGGAAAGGUGUUUUAUAUAGCUUCAAAGGAGAGGAGUCUUGGCAGCCUCUUGCCGAACUUCCUAGUAAAAAAUGCAAGAGAUGUGGAUUUUAUGAAGAGGACACAAUGAAGCCACAUGAUGUAUUUGAUGAGUGGGAGUUUUGUGCUUCUGAUUUUUCGAGUACUGAUGGAAAAUACAUCCAUUUCAAGGAGAAGGAGCUCAACGCAACAUUCUUGUGCCCCGAGUGCAUCCCUCCUGUAGUUGCAGCUCCAUAUCACCCAAGUCCUUCAAAUGAGAAGGAAAUGCACUGGGCUUUAGUUGUGGUUAUAGCUGCUUUGGUCUCGGUGGUUUUUGUUCUGAGUGCGGUAACUUUGUAUAAGUUUUGGCAAAGAAGGAAGAGACAGCAAGAGCAAGCACGCUUCUUGAGACUCUUUGAAGGGGAUGAUGACAUAGAGGAUGAAUUGGGGAUUAGCCCUCUCAGCCAUGUCACUUAGAACUUUGUAGCAUGUUUUGUUGAUAUGAAUAUAAUUUCCCAGGCCAUGUAAUGAUUAAUUGAUUUGUGUAGUAGUAAAAAAAGGCGAUCAAUCCUUUCAAAAAAAAAGGCGAUCAAUCCUUUCAAAAAAAAAGGCGAUCAAUCAUCAUUUGUAUGGUAAAAGCAAGUCUCUAGUCUGUAACUCAUUAUGUGUAGUAAAUUUUGCUAUACACAGUAGCUAAACAAGUAGUCCGCUGGGCAAAAAUCAGCCAUAAAGGCCAUUAAAAGGGGAAGAACGAAAAGGGAAGCCACUCUUUAUCAGAGCCAGGUUUCGAUCCUGGGACCUGUGGGUUAUGGGCCCACCACGCU